UGGUGUGGACCCUGUCGAGCUGUAGUUAGCCUACUAAGAAAAAUAAAGAACGAGCUGGGUGAUGAUCUUCUACAUUUUGCCACAGCAGAGGCAGACAGCAUUGAUGCACUGGAGAGGUAUCGAGGGAAAUGUGAGCCCACCUUCCUCUUCUAUGGGGGUGGAGAGCUUGUGGCGGUGCUGCGAGGGGCAAAUGCUCCUCUCCUUCAGAGGAUGAUAGUAGAGGAAUUGAGCAAGGAGAAGUUGGUCCUGGAGCAAGGUGGUGAACGCAGAGCGGUUAAAGAUAAUGGUCUGGUGGAUGAUGAGAAGGCUGAAGAAGAGGAGGAGACACUUAAACAGUCAGAAAAUGAUGAAAGCAUAAUCGUUCCUGCCAGUAAAUCCUACACAGUUGCAAUCAUCAAACCAGAUGCUGUAGCUCAUGGCAAGGCAAAUGAGAUCAUUAUGAAGAUUCAGGACGCUGGAUUUGAGAUCCUGGCCCAUGAAGAGCGCACACUGACCGAGGUUGAAGCUCGAGACUUUUACCAGCACAAAGCAGCAGAGGUUUACUUCCAGGACUUGGUGCAGUUUAUGUCCAGUGGCCCGUCCAAUAUCCUGGUACUUUCUCAGGUUGAGGACUCAGCCAAUGUUGUAACAGCAUGGCGUGAGUUCAUUGGCCCUGCAGAUAACGAGGAAGCCAGGAGAGAGAAGCCAGAAAGCUUGCGGGCACAAUACGGCACACAGGCACUGUUCAACGCAGUGCACGGUAGUGAGGACAUUGACCAGGCCGGCAGGGAGCUCGCCUUCCUCUUCCCCAACUUUAGGACAGCGUCAGUGACGGGGCAGGAUGGGGAGGAAGAGCGUGUGGAGAGGACACUGGCUCUUAUCCGGCCUGACGUUGCCAGAGAGAACAGAGAAAAGAUCCUGGCCAAAAUCCACGAGUCAGGCUUCACUGUGGUUUUGAAAAGAGAGUUGAAGUUAACAGAGGAGCAGGUCAGACAGUUUUACUUCCAACAUGUCAAGGAGGAACACUUCCCUGCACUGCUCAAAAGCAUGACCAGUGGGCCCGUCCUAGCUUUGGCUCUUGCCAGAACGGGGGCCAUUGAAGACUGGAGGAACAUCCUCGGCCCUUCUGACAUCAAUCAAGCCAGAGAGGAGAGACCUGAAUGUCUGAGGGCCAUGUUCGCUUUGGAGAGCGAGCCUAUCAACCCCCUCCAUGGCAGUGCAAACCUUGAAGACGCAGAAAGAGAGAUCAACUUCUUCUUCCCUAAACAGCAAACACUGGCAAUGAUCAAACCUGAUGCCAUGGAGGAACACAAAGAGAAGAUUCUGGAGGAGAUCUAUGGCAUGGGUUUCUCUGUUACGCAGCUGAAGGAGACGGUGCUGUCAAGGGAGACAGCUGAGGAGUUUUACAAAGAGCACAGAGAGAAGCCCUUCUUCAGUCAAUUGGUUGAAUACAUGUCAGACCUUGCUUGA